UAUAAUCUGUUGAAUUAUAUUUCUAAAUAUAUAACAAUUGUUAAGCAAUGUAUAUGUUAUGUUAAUAGCACAUUUGUUAUAUUAUCUAAUAAAUAAACCGCUUUUAAACGAAUUAAAGUGAACAUGUAUUAUAAAAGUGUUUGUUGGACUUUUCGAGCAGUAAUAUAACUUCCAGGAGAUGUCUCUAAGUUCAGUGCAGUCCACCUUGUCCACUUUGAAGUCAUGCCAAACAGAUGUUGGAGGGUGUAUGGACAUGGUUUCAGACGUUGCGCUGGGAAUAGUGGAAGCACAAGGUACAGCUGACUGUCCGGCUCUGAAUAAACUGGAGGAAAUGAUGCUGGAGUGUUCCAGACUGGACAUAGAAAUCAAUUGUUUUGUGGAGUCUGUUGAUGAGAUGACUGCUCAGGUCCGUCAUGAACCUCCUGAUGCCAUGGUUAAACUGAAAGACUCUGUAAGGAAUCGUUACAAUGAGCUGAUGGCUGGAGUUUCAGAUGUUGACCUGCAAAGGCACAGUAAGGUGGUGGCCUUCAAAGACAGUGUCAGUAAAUUUUACAAUCAAGCUAGUCAGACACCAACUGAAAAUGCAGAGGAUCUAGAUGAGGACAUUGCUGUAACACAGAGCCAGACAAAUUUUAUCUGCCCUCUCACCCAGGUUGAGAUGGUCAAUCCAGUGCGAAACAAGAAAUGCCAGCAUUACUAUGACCAAGAAGCUGUACUUGAAAUGAUACAGAGAAGGCACAGAAAUAAGAAGAAAUUUCGCUGUCCAAAGGUUGGCUGUGGAAACACAGAUGUUCAGCAGUCCGAUCUGGAGUUAGAUUUGGUUAUGAGGAGAAUGAUUCAGAACCAAAAGAGACAGAGCGGAAAAUCCUAAAUUUGACUAAAUCAGUCUUGAAGACUAGUUGUUCUAAUUUAAAAUGUGAAAAUAUUUAAGGAAAUGUUAAAUCUGAAAGAUUUUUGUUAUGCAAAUAAAAUAUAAUUACAUUGUAAGUUGGUUCAGUGUGUUUAAUACAAUAAAAAGGUAGUAUGCUUGUCAA